AUGGAUAGAAUAUUUAACACAGUUAGAGUAGAGAAUGAUAAUCUAGAGUAUGAUGAAAAUGAUGAUUCACCAUCUAAUUCUGAUGGGUCACUUCAAAGUUGGAUUAGUUGGUUCUGCUCACUUUCAGGCCAUGAGUUCUACUUGGAAAUUCCAGAGGAAUUUAUUGAAGAUGAAUUUAAUUUAACAGGCUUAUCUGCACUUGUCCCGUUUUAUAACGAAGCCUUAGAGAUGAUUCUGGAUAUUGAACCAGAAGAAGUAUCAGACGAUGAUCAAGCUGCCACUGCUACGGCUGAUGAUGAUGAGAAUGGAGAUGAGGAUAUACAAGAAGAAGAGGAGGAGGAGGACGAUGGGUUUUGGAAAGAGACACCACGUCAACCACGUCAAAUGGGCUAUGUGGAUCCUAAUGUGGUUGAACCUUAUGCAGCCAUGUUAUAUGGAUUGAUCCAUCAACGUUAUUUAGUGACUCGUAAUGGCUUAAGAGUGAUGGCUGAACGUUACUCAAGUGAACAAUUUGGCGUUUGUCCUCGUGUUUACUGCUACAAAUGUCCUGUGAUUCCUUGCGGUCGAUACGAUGAAGCUGCCAAAGAAAGUGUCAGACUUUACUGUCCUUCCUGCAUGGAUCUCUAUUGUCCACCCAAUCCCAUGUUUCAAAACAUUGAUGGCUCACAUUUUGGCACAACUUAUGCCCAUUUGAUGUUUGAGACCUAUGCCGAAUUGGUGCCAAAACCCAAACCUCAUAUAUACCAACCUCGCAUUUUCGGUUUUCGAGUGAAUGAAAGUUCUCGUGUUGGCCCUAAAAUGCAAUGGCUAAGAGCCAAACAUGAUCAAGAAGAAGAAUUUGUCAAGGUAAAUCAAUGGCAACAUGCAUAA